GCCUUUCUUCACACCGGCGCAUACACUGACGUCACAUAUGUAGAUUUAACGAAUAAAGCAAAAAUAAAUAUACAUUCUUUAUAAGCGUUAUUGUGUGACCAUACAAGAACAUAAAUUAAACCAACACCGUAUCGACGUGUUGUCGUGUUUCAAUAAAUACGGAGUGAAAAUAGGUCAGGGCUGAUUCUCAGGAACACAAACAACAUUCGUGUGUUCAUGACGUCACGUACCUCCCAGGCCUAAUGUAGUUCUCUAAAAAUCCAUUUUAACACGCUACUCAAUCAAAAUGACCCAAUAUUUAAAAAAUAUCUUGUAGUUGGGUUUUAUUGACAUGAAACAAUAAAUCCCCGUGUCAUUGUGUUACAUGUUUCCUGCUUCUAAGGUUAAGUGAAGUGUUUACAGAUGGAAAUGGACUACAACUGCCAGACGACUCAAGUCGACACUGAGGGAAGAGGGGGCUGCUUUCAGCAACAUUCUUCUUUAUCCAGUCCUCUGUCAAACAGUAGCAACUAUACUCCUGAGUGGCAUCAUUAGAGUUUAUAUUUGCUGGUUUAUUAGACAGAUAGUUGUGUUUUCUGUUCUUAUCUGAACCUCGCUGGGUUAGUAACUCUUCGCACCGCGGUAAGCUCGGCUUUAGCUGGUCGGUUAAGGUAGAGCUUGUUAGCUAGUUUACAGUAGCCAGCAGCUACCAAUAGAUUUACGGCUUAUAUCCGUUCUUGUCCUGCCAGGUAGAUCAACGAAUGCCCGAGGCGCUCGUCAGCCACAAUGUUUUUGCCAAUUCAUAGAUUUCUAAGUUUUGACAUUGGUAAAUAAUCCUUCUGAUUUCGGGACAAAUCAACACAACCUUUUGUUUGGCUUGUGCGCAGCCCGGCUGGUUUGGCCUGUUUUCAUUGUCUCUGAACGUCGGAAACACUCAAGUUGUUUUUCAGGAGGCUGCUCGGCUAGGUUAGUUAGUGAGGUUGAUUUAGCAGAGUUCAGGUAAACAAAAACCCGUCCGCUCUCGACCCCAUUUAAUCUCGAAGGCUUCGAGGUUCAGGAUGGCGCAACACGACUCUUCUCAUGUCGCCAGUUCACAGAAAGCACUCAUGUUGGAAAUGAAGAGCCUUCAGGAGCAGCCUGUCGAGGGAUUCAAAAUAACACUAGUGGACGAGGCUGACAUGUACAACUGGGAAGUGGCCAUUUUCGGACCCCCAAACACUCACUAUGAGGGGGGCUAUUUUAAGGCUCGGAUCAAGUUCCCUAUAGACUACCCGUACUCCCCACCUGCCUUCCGGUUCCUCACCAAGAUGUGGCACCCAAACAUCUACGAGAAUGGAGAUGUUUGUAUCUCUAUACUGCACCCUCCAGUGGAUGACCCACAGAGUGGAGAGCUUCCUUCAGAGAGAUGGAAUCCCACGCAGAACGUCCGGACCAUUUUGCUCAGUGUCAUCUCCCUGCUGAAUGAACCCAACACCUUCUCCCCUGCCAACGUGGACGCCUCUGUCAUGUACCGCAAAUGGAGGGACAGCAAGGGCAAGGACCGGGAAUAUGUAGAGAUCAUCAGGAAACAGGUAUUGGCCACUAAGGCUGAAGCUGAGCGUGACGGGGUAAAGGUGCCCACUACAUUGGCAGAGUACUGCGUCCGCACACGUGCCCCUGCCCCUGAUGAAGGCUCCGACCUCUUCUAUGACUAUUACUAUGACGACGAUGAUGUGGAGGAUGGGGACGGGGACUGCUGCUACGAUGAGGACGACUCUGGCAAUGAGGAAUCGUGACAUGGUUUGACGGCAUCCCCUUAUCUAACUGACGUAAAGCUACCCCCCUUUUCCUUCUGGGUGUCCAGAAAUGCAAGGUUGACAACAGAGAACGAUUUGAGGCUUUCCCAAUUCUAAGCUCAUGAAAAGAGUUUUUUUUUUUUUUUCUUCAAAGUCUUCAAAGGCUUUUGUUCCGAUUCAGAAAUCGAUGCACCGUUGCAGACGAGACAGAUCUGGUAACAUUUGCACCAGCACAAAGUCUCUAGUUUCUUCAAUUCUCCAAACACCUUUCAUCAUCACCUUAAAUCUUGCUUUAGAAAUGUAACUUCAACUUUCAGUUUUUCAGUCCCCUGUAUACCCUGGUGUUGUGAGGUUAAGACCACUGUUAACAAUUGCAACAUUUGCACUGGUGUAAACACUUCCAACCUUAGCUCAGUGUCUCACUCAUAACCUUUUUUUCCCCCUUAAUUGUAACUGUGUGUUGCUCACAAGACGUCGGUCUUUGUGACUAGCAAAAGCUUGAGGACUCUUUCCGGCCUGUUUGUGUUGAAAUGCAAAUAGGUUGAACCAGACACAUCCUGUGUUGCUUCAUUUGGACAUGUUUUCACAGGACAAUGUUUUCAAAGUUCUUGUGCAUGCCAGAACAUCAUUGGAAGCUUUUCGUCUCUCUUACUGGCGGACUCUAUACCUUCUUCAUGAUCUGGUUAAGAGACACUUCUGUGAUCAUCGAUUCCAGAGAACUUUUUAUCUGGAGGAUCCUCUGACGCCUGGAGUCGUGUGAACAUUUUUUCGGUAACAUGAAAUUGAUCUUUGCUGUGUUUUUUCUGGUUACUGUUGGAUGUGUUUCUCUGUAUUUUUGAGUGUGGGGUUGUGUUGUUUGAAGUAGCUCAGAUUUAAGAGUCAUGUAGGGUGACCAAGUUUUUCAUGAGGGUGGGUGUGAAGGCAAAACUAAUUAUGGAUCACGUUCUCCUCAGGUUUUCUCUCAGAGAGGCCUGAGGAGCAAAAGACCAGAGGUUACGUAAAAGAAAGCCCAAAACAUUUUAUGAUUUUUUGUUGUAACCUUGUCUUUGUUUGCUCUCUUGCAGCUUUGUUAUUUUAGUCUCUUUCUUUGGUUUGACAUUAUGCCUGCGUUCUUGCUUGAGAAUGAUUUAUGUGAUGAGAUUAUUAGGUUUGAGUCGCCCAAAGCUUCUGUAGAAAACAAGUGUGUCAGAGGUAAUGGAUUGUCAACAUCUUUGUCAGCAGGGUUGGAAGGGUUUCAACGUGAUUUUUAGAGUGCAUGUGUGUCCUCUUUUCUGUAUGCAUCAGCAAUAUUGAUUGUUUACUUUACAGAAAUUGGGACUUCAUACUGAAUUUCUCAGGAUAAUGAAUUACAUAUGUCAACAAUUAAGACAAACAGCUAUUUUCCUCUUUUAGCUUUAACAGGAACCAUAACUGAUAUGCACAUGUAGCUGUAUGGAUGAUCACCGUGUUGUUCUCUUCACCUGUCUUUUUAUUUUUUAAUUUCUGGCUAUUUAAAAAAGGAAAAAUAAAGAUUUAUUGGGAAAAACUC